UUGGAAGCUGCUGCCUGAACCUAUGCUUUGAUUUUUUUCCCCCCCCCCUUAAAAAGAAAAUAAUAAAAUUGUGUCUGCAAGGGGCUUUGGGGUUUUUUUUUGUUUUGGUUUUUUUGUGUGGUGGUGGUACAGAUCUGAUUUCUUAACCUCCCUUCCCCCACUACACCGAAUAUUAAUUCGGCAUCUGGGAGGGAGCAAUGUAUCAUCCCACCGGCGGGACCUGGUAACAGGCGUGGGGGGGCACCACCAUCACUGUCGCCACUACAACUCACUAAAUAAAGAAGGGGACGGAUCCGUCUGCAACCAAGAAGAAAAGGGGGCGGGAAAGUGUGUAGGGUGAAAAAAAGGCAAAGGAAAGGAAAGAGAGAUGAGUCCUCCAAAUCCUCCAAGCCAAGGGAAUCUCUCACUCCUGGAUGCAGCAUCUUCUCUCAAAAUGAUGGUGCGGGCGCUACUGCUCCUCUCUCUCAUCCAGGGUUCUAGCCAAAAAAGUGAUGAUGAUUAUGAAGAUUACACAACCAACAAGACGUGGGUUUUAACUCCCAAAGUCCAUGAAAGUGAUGUUACCCUUAUUUUGAAUGGCCUGCUAGAGGGAUAUGACAACAAGCUAAGGCCGGAUAUAGGAGUGCAACCAACAGUAAUUCACACUGAUAUGUAUGUCAAUAGCAUUGGUCCAGUGAAUGCUAUCAAUAUGGAAUAUACAAUAGAUAUAUUUUUUGCCCAAACGUGGUAUGACAGACGGCUAAGAUUCAACAGCACUAUAAAAGUGCUGAGGCUGAACAGCAACAUGGUUGGGAAGAUCUGGAUACCUGACACAUUCUUCCGAAACUCCAAAAAGGCUGAUGCUCACUGGAUAACAACACCUAAUCGGAUGCUUCGGAUCUGGAAUGACGGCAGAGUACUAUAUACAUUAAGAUUGACAAUAGAUGCGGAGUGUCAGUUACAGCUACACAACUUUCCAAUGGAUGAACAUUCCUGUCCACUGGCAUUUUCGAGCUAUGGCUACCCAAAGGAAGAAAUUAUCUAUAUGUGGAAGCGCAGCUCAGUGGAAGUGGGAGACACUAGGUCCUGGAGGCUCUAUCAGUUUUCAUUUAUGGGCCUUAGAAAUACAACUGAAGUGGUGCCAACAACUUCUGGAGAUUAUGUGGUUAUGGCAGUCUACUUUGACCUGAGCAGAAGGAUGGGCUACUUCACCAUUCAGACUUACAUUCCCUGCACACUCAUUGUAGUGCUAUCCUGGGUCUCUUUCUGGAUUAAUAAGGAUGCCGUUCCAGCCAGAACGUCUUUAGGUAUUACAACCGUCCUGACUAUGACCACCCUCAGUACAAUUGCUCGUAAAUCUCUCCCAAAAGUCUCUUAUGUGACAGCAAUGGAUCUCUUUGUAUCAGUUUGCUUCAUUUUUGUUUUUUCUGCACUGGUGGAGUACGGGACUCUUCAUUACUUUGUCAGUAACAGAAAGCCAAGCAAGGAUAAAGACAAAAAGAAGAAAAACCCUCUUCUUCGGAUGUUUUCAUUCAAGGCACCUACUAUUGAUAUCCGCCCAAGGUCAGCUACUAUUCAAAUGAACAAUGCCACACACCUCCAAGAACGGGAUGAAGAGUAUGGAUAUGAAUGUCUUGAUGGCAAGGACUGUGCAAGUUUUUUCUGCUGCUUUGAGGAUUGCCGAACGGGAGCAUGGCGGCAUGGAAGAAUACAUAUCCGCAUUGCCAAAAUGGACUCAUAUGCCCGCAUAUUCUUUCCAACCGCCUUUUGUUUGUUUAAUUUGGUCUACUGGGUGUCCUACCUUUAUCUUUAAACAAAUAGAAAGGAAAUAGGUGAUAUGAGCUUUAUUCUUGAAAUUUAUUAGAAAAGUGGUUUCCUGGUUAAGCCAACUUAAUUGCCAUAAACGAGUGACCCUAGAAGGCUCCAACAGGCUCACAGAUUUCCCUGUAAGCAGGAACCUCCCCAUUCACUUUCAUGUCAAGGAAUACUCAGCACACGCACCAUUACGCACACAGAGCAUUCCCUGAAAUGUGGAGGGAAUGGGUCAGCACCUGCUGAUCUACACUUCGUUGAAUAUAAGAACUUCAUGGAAUCUUGGAAUUUAUACCUUGGAAUUUGACACUUUACAGUGAUCAAAAUUCUUUAGUGCCAUAAACCAAUACAUAUCAAUUAUCAUAUAAUUUGUCUGACUACUGUACAGUUAUUGUAAUCAGAUGCUAACAUUCAAUAUUUUAGCAACUGGAUGCAGACAAAAUCAAGUAUCACCAAUGAAUCUCAGAAACACACGAAGAAGACCCACAAGCUAUCCUUAAAGUGUAGCUAUUAUUAACAUUUCAACUGUGAAUGAUGGCGGUUAAAAUCAUAAAGGUAAAAAUACUGUAUAGUUUGUUAGCAUUGACUAUAAAUAUGUGAUAUCUUUGUCCUCUGUGGGCUUUUCUUUUUGGAAGAGUCAUUUCUCACUUCAGAUCAGUGUAACUAGUCUAGAGAAAAAGUAGCUUUUUGUCACACCCAAAUAAAAAUAGGCUUUUUGGGUGCCCUCCCUAAGAGCACAUGUACAAAUGCUGUAAAUAUUUCACUACCUUGUACUUGGGUCUAGUGCAUGAAGAUUUUUUGGGGAGGGACAAAAUAAAUGGAGCAAAGGUACCAUAAACACUAUUGUCUUUUAUUUUGUAUUCCUGGCUUUGCUAUUGUAGCAAGAAAAUGUAGAUAAAAACCAUCUUAUUUUUAUUUCUCUGGCAGAAAUGCCUUCUCCCUCAUGCAUGGAAGAUUUAAACGGCCAGCACUUUCUGUAAUAAGUUAGAAAAGCCUUAAGAAAUUGAGCAUAAUACCAAACAUAGACAGAGCAAAUAAGUAAGACCAACAUGAAUAAUAUCAUAGUCUACCUUAGUCUAUAGAUUUGCUCCAGGUGUUUUCUGCUAUUUUAUUCCUCACUUUCCAUAGCAACUGGAAACUGCAAUCAUUAUGCAUUGCAAGACUGGCUGUGGUUGUUUGAAGCAUUUGUUAGUGGUGAACUGAUCCUUCCCUACUCUGAAUGCUGAUCAUUUGCACCUAGACUACAUUUGCCGAGAUGCAUCAUCCAUCUGAAUGAAAUGGAGUCCUAAUAUAGCUCUUGCUUUUCACAAAUACAGCAAACAUUUGUUUUCCAGGCAGAUGUGGGACCAUUUUCAUUUGUGCCAAUAUAUGAAACUGCAGUGCACCAUACAUUUGUGUGAUGUCAGUGCUGCUUCUUCCACUCCAAGUCCCUUGAUUAUUCUAUAGACUUUAACCAUAGCUAGCACGCAAGUUAGAAACAACUUUGAAACAAACUGUCAAAAUAACAAAAGGGAAGAGAGAGAGUGACUUUGCUAAUCAACCAUCUCUGUGUAGUAUGUGUGUAUCAAAAUAAUAAAACCCACUUGGGUAAAUCUUGAAACUCAUUUAGCUAGCUACUGGUUUUAAAAUACCUGUAGAAUGCUCAGUUAUGCAACCUUAAGCACAUGUAAAUAUUACUGACUUUUUAAUUAUUACGGAUGGAACAACACCCGUUCAUGUCAAGCAGGUUUGCAGUUGGGAAUGAAGAACCUCUAUGUAUAUUAUCAUAGCAGAAUUAAUGAUAGCCAAUACAGUACAGAGACCUAAGGACAGUUUUCCAAUGUCUGUAUAGUUUUGGAAAUAAACAUGUAUAGAAAAGUAUAACUAAUUCCUGAUCAUCAGUUGCUCCUUGUCUAAUGUAUUUUAAAGAAGGAAAUGCACACACCCAUAGAUUUUUUCAAUAAAAUUACUGCACUCAAUCUUA